AUGCGUUACAAAAUUCAUCUCCGUGGGAUGGUCCUCAGAGAAGAACAUGUUGCAAAAGUGGUGAAAAGCCGGAUUUAUUCUGUGGCUAUCCAUCCAUCUGAAAGCCGAACUCUGGUGGCAGCUGGGGACAAGUGGGGGCAGAUUGGCCUCUGGGAUUUAUCAGACUACGGUUUAGAAAACGGAACGCACGUCUUCAUACCCCAUAGCCAGGCAGUCAGCUGUUUGCACUUUUCUCCCGUUAAUCCUGCUCAUCUUUUAUCUCUCAGUCACGAUGGCACGUUACGAUCUGGAGAUGUAACCCAAAGAAUUUUUGAGGAGAUAUACCGAAACGAGAGCCACAGCCUUUCUUCAUUUGACUUCUUGGCAAGCAAUGCCUCUACUUUGGUUGUAGGAAUGUGGGAUGGAAGGGUAGCCAUAGUGGAUCGGAGAACGCCGGUACCAUCCCCCGAGAUCUCGGUAGAUCUUCAUUCAAAGACGAGGACAGUCCACGUUCACCCUAUCAGUAGACAGUACUUUGUUGCUGCUGGGGAAAGAAACGUCAGUAUUUAUGAUGCUCGGCACCUGAAGAGCAGAGGUCAGCCGGUACUGGCUCUCAGUGGACACACCAAGAGUGUUGCUUCGGCUUAUUUUUCACCUGUGACUGGAAACAGAGUAGUGACAACUUGUGCUGACGAUACACUGAGGAUCUUUGGAACUCAGUGUUUAUCAUCUUUAGCUCCGAUUCUCACAACUAUUCGGCAUAACAACAACACCGGUCGAUGGCUGACCAGGUUCCGGGCAGUUUGGGACCCCAAAAGGGACGACUGCUUCGUCGUGGGGAGCAUGAUCCGGCCGAGGCAGAUCCAGGCCUUUCACGCCACCGGAGAGCUGCUGCAUUCCUUUCUGAGUGAGGAUUAUCUUAACUCUGUUUGUUCCAUCAAUUCCUGGCACCCCACCAGGUACAUUGUUGCGGGUGGGAAUUCCAGUGGCCGCCUGCACGUCUUUAAAGAGUGAUAAGCAUGCUAGAAACAAAUCAGGGUUUGGUGUUUAGUUACUCCUUAUUUCGCUUCAGGGCACAGACAGCUACAGACUAAUAAAUAUGUUGCAUUACACAUCUGAAGAUGUCCUCUAUUGCUACUAAGUUGGACAUUAAUAAGGCCCAGGUUUGUCAUUUUGGGAUUGUAACUUUUUGAACAGGUUGUGAGAAACUGUUUGUGUCAAUCACAGAGGCUUAUAAAUCUGUGUCACAAACUGUGCAAUAGAUAAUACCCCAUUUAGAAGUUAAAUGCUGAUAUUUUGUUAUAAGAACUUUAAAUGUGUGUUCAAGAAUGAAUAAAAAGCAUAUU